CUUUCGGAUGCUCAGUUGAGCGACUAUUCCGUCUUCUUAUCCUUAAUCAUCUCCCCUUCUAUCUCCUCUCAUGCCCUAUAUAUUACUGUAAAAGAUACUCGAGAAAAGAUGUCUUUCGAUCCAUAAUCUGUUACACACAAAAAAAAUGACCAAGCUCUCUGUUUUCUUCACUCUCUUCCUUUUCCAAGCCCUGUCAUUUGCCAGCCAUGGCCACUGCAAGGCAGAAGACGACGAGGUGGCAGUGAAACAGUACGAGCUGCAGAAGGGAAAUCUUAAACUGGGAUUCACCAAUUACGGUGCCACCUUGAAUUCCGUCACCUUCCCUGACAGACACGGAAAAUUGGCUGAUAUUUCCCUUGGUUUCGACAACCCUGAAGACUACAAGAAUGAUACGGUGUACUUCGGAAACAUUGUUGGACGAGUUGCUAACAGAAUCGGAGGGGCCGGAUUCAAAUUGAACGGAACCUACUACAAAUUGCCCGCUAAUGAUCACAAUAACACCUUACACGGAGGGCCAAAGGGAUUUUCCGAUGUCGUCUGGAAAGUCACAGAGCUCGUCCAAACCAGCAAGCAAGCCCACAUUACCUUCUCUUACGACAGUUUCGAUGGAGAAGAAGGGUUUUCCGGGAGACCUUUCCGUCACAGUAACAUACAUGAUCCUGAAGCACAACAUACUCGCUAUCAGAAUGUCGGCGACGCCCCUGACCAAAGCCACCCCUGUCAACCUGGCCUACCACGGCUACUGGAACCUCGGCGGGCACGACAGCGGGACGAUCCUGAACCACACAAUCCAUAUCAUCUCCCACUCCUACACUCCGGUGGACGACCAGCUCAUCCCCACGGGCCAAUUCGCCAUGGUGAAGGGCACACCCUACGAUUUCACGACGCGCCCGCGACAGAUCGGGAGCAGGAUCGACGAGGUCGAGGGAGGGUACGACAUCAAUUACGUGAUCGCGAGGAAGAUCGGGCCCCUGGAGCCGCACCUGGAGAAGACCGCGGUGGUGAGGGACGAGGCGUCGGGGAGGAAGAUGGAGCUGUGGACUAACCAGCCAGGGGUUCAGUUCUACACGGGGAACAUGUUGGACUCUGUGAAGGGGAAAGGUGGGGUUACUUAUAACAAGUAUGCAGGGCUUUGCCUUGAGACGCAAGGUUUUCCGGAUGCGGUGAAUCAUCCGAACAAUUUUCCGUCUCAGGUUGUGGAGCCUGGUCACACCUAUGUCCAUGUUAUGGUGUUUAGGUUCACGGCUGCUUAGAUUAAUUAGUUGGUUUUGAUGUUUGUGUUAGGGUUAGGGUUGGUUAGAAUAAAGAGAUUUAGUGGUGGUUGUUUGGAUAGAAAGGUUUGGUUGAAUAAUGAUGAU